AUGUGCUUCAUGCCCCUAAGCCUUGCCAGCCCUCCUCGAGGACCUCCUCCAGGCGCCCUCCUCGAGGACCUCCUCCAGCCGCCCUCCUCAAGGACCUCCUCCAGGCGCCCUCCUCAAGGACCUCCUCCAGGCGCCUUCCUCAAGGACCUCCUCCAGGCGCCCUCCUCAAGGACCUCCUCUAGGCGCCCUCCUCGAGGACCUCCUCCUCCAGGCGCCCUCCUCAAGGACCUUCUCCAGGCGCCCUCCUCAAGGACCUCCUCCAGGCGCCCUCCUCAAGGACCUCCUCCAGGCGCCCUCCUCAAGGACCUCCUCCAGGCGCCCUCCUCAAGGACCUCCUCCUCCAGGCGCCCUCCUCAAGGACCUCCUCCAGGCGCCUUCCUCAAGGACCUCCUCCUCCAGGCGCCCUCCUCAAGGACCUUCUCCAGGCGCCCUCCUCAAGGACCUCCUCCAGGCGCCCUCCUCAAGGACCUCCUCCAGGCGCCCUCCUCAAGGACCUCCUCCAGGCGCCCUCCUCAAGGACCUCCUCCUCCAGGCGCCCUCCUCAAGGACCUCCUCCAGGCGCCCUCCUCAAGGACCUCCUCCUCCAGGCGCCCUCCUCAAGGACCUUCUCCAGGCGCCCUCCUCAAGGACCUCCUCCAUUGUUACAUUUUUGGGCCGGUGAGACAACUUUGGUUAUUGUGUGAGUUCAAUCUGCAGGUCCGCCCCAGAUUAAGGCUUGAGGCCUCCUCGCCACACAAGGGGACGUGA